GACGUGAUCCCCACCGCUCAAUUAAUGAAAGACGGCAGUUGAAACUCCUCCGAAGCAAUACCAUCGAUCGUUCGUAACACACCACCAGCAUUUCGACUACGUCACAAGAGCCUUGGCCGAAUUAAUCUAUACAUCAAAGCGUCAUUGGCUAUUCCACGGUAUCACAAAUAUUAUCCCUCAAGUUUACCAAAAUAAAAUCACCCCAAAAUGUCACGUGAACGAGACACGAUUAUGGAGCCCCCAGGAACGAAAACUCCAUUGAAAAAUUCGCAAAUGCCGAAAUAUUCGAACGGAUGUCAAGACCGCAAUGCUCUUACUAAUCAACCCACUGCCAAAGUUAAUUUUGGUUUUACGAUAAGAGACACCGAAGUGCCUGCCUCGUGUAUUCCAUUGAGAAAUUCCCAGGAAAUUGGGUCGAAUGUGAAGAAUUCACUGAUGAAUUCUCUGGUGAAUUACGAGAGAAUCUUUAAUCCCACAUAUUCACCACGAACAUCAACAAUUCGUGGCUCUGGUAAUGACGGACGUGUGGUAGCUACCUCCUUCAUGGAAUUAUCCGUUGGUGUGACCUGUGAUACUCGUAGAGCUCGUUCUGAGCCCGGAAGUCUCUCGACGACCGUUAUCACCGGUCCAAGGACCAGUGGAAUUAAUCAGAAACGUUCAAACACACCGUCGCGCAUUGCGAGCCUCGAUGGGCUGGAUUCAUUGGUGAACAGACGAUCUCAGACCAUUGGUACAAGUCAAAACAGUCAUUUGCAGUCGUUCAAUGCAACACCAGUCGUUGGUAUCGGCAGAUCUCCGUCUAAGAACAAAUUGACGUCCAUUUGGGAGAGCCAUAACACAACUGGUGAUAGUGAACCGGAUUACGUCGUCGAUCCGGUCCAGGGUAAUGCCUACCAUAAAGGACCGUUUCUCGGAAAGGGAGGAUUCGCAAGGGUAUACCUGAUGACUGAUAUAGCGAAUGGGAAGCGAUAUGCCUGCAAGAUCAUUCCAAAGAAUCGUAUGCAAAAGAUCCACAUCCAAAAGAUUGCACGUGAGAUUAUGAUUCACAAAGACCUGAAUCACGUGAAUAUCGUACAGAUGCAUCAUUACUUCGAGGACAGUUUAAACGUUUAUAUGUUGCUCGAAGCGUGCCCAAGAAAGAGUUUGAUGCACGUACUGAAAUACCGAGGAAAAGUAACGGAGCCCGAGGCUCGUUACUACAUGAAGCAAAUGGUGACAGGAGUCGCCUACAUCCAUUCCCAAAAAGUAGUUCACCGAGAUCUCAAACCGGGCAACAUGUUCCUCUCGGACGGGAUGAUCGUGAAAAUCGGUGACUUUGGCCUGGCGACAAGACCAGACGGUCAAAAGCGCCGAGUGACAAUCUGCGGUACACCGAAUUACAUUGCCCCCGAGGUGCUCUACAAACAGGCAUACAGCUACGAGGCUGACGUUUGGGCACUGGGUUGCAUUCUCUACGCGUUAUUAACGGGCCAGCCUCCCUUCGACACAGCGACACUGAAGGAAACCUACUCAAGAAUCUGCAAUAAUCGUUACAAGAAGCUGAACGACACAGUAGUCAGUAGAAAUGGCCAGGAUUUGAUAAAGUGGCUGCUGCAGCCAAUUCCGGAGUUGAGGCCAUCACUCGAGACUGUUAAAGAGCAUGCCUACUUGACGAUGGAGUUUGUACCGGAUAAACUGACUCACGCCUGCUGCUACAGGCCUCCAGAGCCCAGUCUCCAAGGGCCAUUGAAGAGCAAUAACGACAAAACUCUGGUAUUACCCACGACUUCAUUCCCCUCAGCCACAACUUUGUCCUCGACUUCGUGCACAUCAACGAUGUCGAGGAAAGUUGUGCAUCCACAGAUCGAGCAGAUGCCAAAGCCACUGGCCAAAUCAAUCGAAACACCAAUUGCGAAUGGCAUUAAGCUGAUCGACAAUGGCAGUGCCAAACUGAUGGAGAACAAUGCACGACUUCUUCCCCCAAUUCAGAGGGAGAAGAAUAGAGAUGCUAAAGUUGGAAAUUGGCUGGUCAGAAAAUUCCCCAAAUUAACGAAGCUGAGGAAGAGGUUUGGGAAUCUGCUCUGUCCUGACAGGAAGAAGUCCUCUGAGAGUGCUCUCAUGCAUCAUGCACUUGAGAAUUGUCUCGCCGAGAUUCGACACACGCGGGUUGCCAAGAACCCAGUGCCCAUUGAAGGGCUUGCUCCAUUGUUUGUUACCAAGUGGAUUGACUACUCGAAUAAGUAUGGACUGUGCUUUCAAUUGUCGGAUCGAUCGGUUGGGGUUCUGUUUAAUGACAGCACGAAGAUGAGUUACACUCGCGACAGAAGACGAGUGGAAUACACAACUCCCGAGGACGAAGUGACUCGUUACACACGUGAACGCGAUGUUCCCUCCUUCCUCCACGAGAAACUCGAGCUCCUGCGUCACUUCAGCGAGUACAUGGACGACCACUUGACAAACGGUGGUGAAAUCAGUGACAAUUGUUCAGCCAAGUUAUCCCGAAGGAAUGGCUCUGUCCCACGAAUGCGUCGUUGGCUGCGAACCGAUAAAGCCAUUGUUAUGGAAUUGACAGUGCCACUUCUCCAGGUAAAUUUCUUCUCCGAUCACACGAAAAUCGUCGUCUCCGAGGGCACACGACCGAAGGAUUAUCUCGUCACUUACAUUGAUGCCACUCGACACACGACGUCGUACUGGCUCAAUGAUCUCAGAGAUGGUGGAUGCACGUCAGAGUUGUACGAACGUUUGAAUUACGUGUGCAGAGCUUCGAGGGAAUUUUCUCAUCUGGAGAACAAUGUCGGAUGCUCAGAGAUCUCGACCAAUCCCAAGACAAGUGUCAGGGCUUGAGAUUAUGUUUAUCUUGAUGUCUUCCUGGGGAAUGAUGCAUUCAUGUACGAACGAAUUUCAUAGAAAUAUUUAGCACAUUCGUGUAAAAAUUCUGGUGGAUUUCUAGAGAAUUUCGGUGGAAUGUUCAAUAGAAAAUAUUUUAUAAACAUAAUUAAUAGAAUUGUAUUUGUAUAUACUCAAUUUAUUGAGAUAUUUUCGAUAGAAAUUCCGACGCCUGAAUUUUCAAUUUUUUUUUGCUUAAUUUUUAGUGAAAGCUGAGAAAAUUGAGCAAAACCAUUUUGAAAUAUCUCAAUAGAAGAUUUUGCAUCAAAUUCUCUUUAUUUUUUGUAUAUAAUAGUUUCUGUUGAACAUUUUCUACCGAAAAAAACGAUUUUUUCGACAAAAAAUUGAGAGAAUUUCCAAUGGAAAUCCAACAGAACUUUCUAACGAAUGUGAAUGUUCUUCUAGGAUAUUUAUUCGUACGUGUUAUUAGAUUUGUUGAAUAAUUAGGCAAUCUACGUUACGUUUUUUUUUUCUUUAUCUCCACGGGCGGAAUGGAAAGUGAGGUAUGGAUAUAUUUUUCGAUUUUAGUCGAUGAGAGAAGACAUACUCGUUCAGUUUCUCUUCCGCUGGUGGAAUCACUAGUUACGCCGUUAGAAUAUUGAUUUAAAUGUUGAUGGAGUCGACUGCCACUUUGAUAUAGGGGCGAAUGUUGAUGAGAGCUAGGGGUAAUUUUUUUUUUGGCUAAUUGACGAAGAUUUCAGUGGUGAAGGAGUUGAACGUAAAAUGUUAAAUUUGGUGUGUUUGUUGGAUUCUUUUGGGUAAUGAGAUAUUUUAGGAGGAAUGUUGAAAGAGAUUCAAUUGAAAAUUUUUUUUGAUAUGUACUUGUAGACUUAAUCAUUAUUUAAAUGAUUCAGGUUUUGGAAAGAUUUGGAUUGUUCGAAAUGACAUGAUUCAAUUGAAUUUGGGGAUGAGUUUGCGAUCAACAUCUGCAAAUUGAAGGGCGGAUAAUGAACGAUUUUCUGAGAAAAUGUCGAGAUUUUUUUUGUCAUCUGCUCAUAAAAUUAAUCAUUAUUGAGAUAAUUCAGGGUUUAGAAUGGUUUAGAUAUUCCAAAUUAGAUGAUUCAAUUGAAUUUAAGGGUGAGGGUUGAAGAGAAACUAAAUUGAAUGUAAAAUUGACUCAUCGUUCCACAACCCCAAGAAUGCUGAAAAAAAAAUUAUCUUAAAUGAGAAAAUUUUUGAUGAGAAAUGUUUUCUAACAUUUCAUGCAGAAUAAUUUAUUAUCAAGAUGAGUAUUCAGCAUUCAGAUAUUCAGCAAAAUGUGCAAUGCCCAGAAGAGCUGAUUCAAUUAGAUUUGAGGAUGAGUUUUCCAUCAAAAUUCAGAGAAAAUGUCAAAAGAAAUUGUUAUAGAGGUGAAAAUUUUAGAUUAAAAAUCAAGUUUUUUUGUGAUCUUCUCCUAGAAUCAUUGAGAUAUAGUUCAGGGCUCGGGAAGAUGUUGACUAUUCCAAAUGAGAUGAUUCAAUUGAAUUUCAGGCGGAAUUUUUUGUUAAUAUCGUUGAAUUCAAGGGAGCAUAAUUUCAGUUUCACAAAGACUUUCUUUAAAGAGAAACUAAACUCAAAGCAAAAUGACUCAUUGUUCGACGACUCCAUAAAUGGUGGAAAAUUUUUUUUGUAGAAGACAAAAUUCUUGAUGAGAAGUGUUUUCUGCGAUUUCAUGUAGAAUCUAAUUAUUAAAAUAAUUAUGGAGAUGUAUUUAGCAAGACAUGAAAUGUCCGGAAGAGGUGAUUCACUUCGAUUUAAGAAUGAGUUGUCCCUCAACAUCUUCGAAUUUAAGAACUCAAAAAAACUUUUCUCAGAGCUAAAAAUUUCCGAUUAAAAAUGUCUCCUCAAAUGAUAAUUCUACAUCCAUCGCAGCAUGAAUUAACUAACUCUUUACGUUUCCAUUCACCACUGAAUUAAAAUACAUCGCAAUAGCAAUGAUCUCCAAUCAGUCUAUCACGUUUUCUCACUCGUUGUGUAUAAAUCCGUUGAAGAACGCGAUCCUACUAAUGCUGUGAUUAUUAAUGAUUACUUAAUUGUUUUCCUUUUGUUUCCAUUUGAAUUGAAUUCCCAUUAUCUCAUUGAAAUUUUGUGAUUAUAAUUGUUGAGUGGACGAUGCAAUAUGAAUUCAAUCACUCAUCAUAUGAGUCGACACAAUAGGAUAAUGAAAAAUACGACACAAUAAUGCACAAUGCGAGUAAUUCCAGUGUAAUCAUUGCUGUAUUUAAUUCGGCGAUGAUUAAAUCAAUAGGGAACUUGCACACCUUCACUCACGUAUUUAUCGUAAUUAUUUAUAUGCUAGAAUGUUGAAAGUUAGUUGAAUUAAAGAUGGCUAAUCAAUAUUUUGUCAUUCGAGAAUUGAAAAUCGAGGGAAUUAUGAUUAUGCAAGUUCCCUAUUGUAUUUUUCCUUCGAUUUUUUUUUUGUUGACUGUGGUUAGUUAUCUUGUUUUCUGUUUCCUCACGUAGAUAUUGUGUUUGUUUAUUUUAUCUACAUCGGAAUGUAAAUGAAACGAGUGAAAGGCGAAGGAGGAUAUUCCUGGGUGAAGGAUGUUCCUUGGUACAACGAAACAGCUCUCUAUGAAAUAGAAACAGACCGAAAAAAAGAAAACGAAAAAACCAAUGAUCUCAAAUAAUAAUCAAUGUUUCACAUAA